AUCGAGUUUGACAGGAUUCCUGUUUUUGAGUUUUGUAAAAUGUGACAAAACAUUUACCAAAUCAUUUUAACGGAACUAACGUCGUGAUAUGUGGACUCCGCUGGAACAAGAAUAAGCUCAAUACCGGAUAUUUUUCUGCUCUGGAAUAUUUACCAACUUUUUUGUUGUUGCUUUUAGCAAUCCUACUAAACAACAACAGCGUAACAUGGUUAUUAAGUGACAGCAUUUGCUCGUUACAGCUCGUGAGACCGACAGGUGAGUUGGUUGUGAGCGGUUACCUGAGCUGUCACGGCCAUGGAGGUGAAAACUACCCCCGGAAGAAUGAAUGUAGUCGCACAUCUGAGACACUUUGGGCUCAACCCUGUAGCUGUGGCUUAUUCAAUGACUUCACUGGGAGCUGGCAUGAUCAACAACAUAUUCAGCUUCUACUAUGUCAAACUCUUUCUCAAUAAAUACAAGGUAUCAGAGGCAGCUUUCCACCAAUCACAAGUGGUGUACAUGGUGUGGAACGCGAUCAACGACCCUCUCUUUGGUUACCUGCAAGACAACUCCAGGGUUCGCUGCUGCUCUCAGCGUCGUCUCUCCAUCCUGUACGGCGCUCCGCUCUACUGCCUCACGUUCCUCCUGGCGUGGUUCCCGUGGCAGACGUACGCCCCCGGUGACUGGCUGAGCGGUUUACACUUGAUGGUGGCGCUGUGUGCUUUUGACGGCAUGCUGACUUUUGUGCUGCUGGCACAAUCUGCGCUGUUUGCAGAGAUUUCCAGCCACCAUCAGAGCCGACUGAGACUUGUAAAGUACAACCAGGUGGCGUCUCUCAUUGGCUCCUCCAGUGUCCUCUUCUGUGGUGUGCUGUCUAAAAACAUGGAGGACUUUGCCUCCUUCCAAGCCUUCACCGUGCUGAUCGCUGUCCUCAGCUGUGGCUGCAUGCUCUACACAGGCUUCCACGUCGAGACUCGCUUUGAUAACAAACUGGCUGAUUCUGAUGCACUGGAGUCAGCUGACCAGACUCCUCAUCAACCAGCGUUCUCCACCUCCACGUUCAAAACGUUGAUGUGGCAAAUUCUGACAAACAGGGACUUCCAGAGUUUUGUUUUCAUGAACUUCUUCCAGGUUUUCAUUUUGACUUUCUUUAGUAAUUUUACCAUCAUAUUUGCUGAGCAGCUGAUUCCACCAGAUGCAUUUCCAUCACUGGCCAAGAGCGUCAUGUUCGGAGCCGGAUUCAUCUGCCCACAGCUGUUGGUGUUGUGCUGUCAGAAUCUGCUCCAGAGUCUCGGCUACUACAGGAUCAUCCUCUACACCUUCUACAUGGAGGCAGCGAUGGCAGCCGUCAUGCUCGCACUCGGUCCUCAGCAUUACUAUAUCCUGGCAUUUUUCCUCACCAUUAACAUGGUGACGGUCCUAGCAGCCUUCAGUCUUUUCGGCUUGCCUUUGGCUGACAUCAUCGACUCAGACCUGCGGAUAUACAAGCGCAGCACCCCCAUCUCGUCCAUGGUGUUUGGGACCAAUGCUCUGUUCACUAAGCCGGCUCAGUCUCUGGCCCCGAUGCUAGUGCUCAGCGUCCUCAACCAGUUUGGAUAUGAAGAGCUGAAGGACGCAGGAAGGGACGCAAAUUCAAGCGCCCAGCAGAGCCUCCACAGCGUCAUGUUCCUGCUGGUGUGUCUGGUUCCCAUGUCUGUCUCUGCGCUGCAGGUGAUCAGCUGGAGGCUGUUUUCUAUCCGCAGCAGCCACACAGUCGACCCAAAGUACCUCGACAACUAACUUCAUUGUUUUCAGCACUUGAAGGAAGCUGGAGGAUUUUUCUUCUGCUGGGAUUUGGGGAAAUUCUUUAUUGUUGUCUGAGAUCAUGUAGAAAUGAAUGUGGAAAUGUCUGUAUAGUUGAGAUAAUCUAUUAUGAUAAUCUAUUAUACAUAUAUAUGUG